UUGGGUUUGCCAAAGAAAACAGAAAACGUGCGGAAGUUUUGGUUCUCUAGCAGAAGUGAAGAAAUUUGAUAAAAUUUAUAGCUUCUCCGCUAAGUGCCAUCUUUGUUUAUGCAAUCUCUUUCAUCAGAUUGUUCUGUGCAUUUCGAUCGAUCCAAAAUGCGGCACGCAAAGUUCAUCGCACGUACCGUUCUGGUGCAGAAUAACAAUGUUGAAGAAGCAUGCCGAGUGCUGAACCGUAUUAUGGGUAAAGAAGAGAUUUUCGAUCAGUUCCGGCGUACUCGUUACUACGAAAAACCGUUCCAGACUCGACGACGCAUCAAUUUCGAACGCUGCAAAUCGAUUUACAACGAGGAUAUGAAUCGCAAAAUUCAAUUUGUCCUCCGAAAGAAUAGGGUGGAACCUUUCCCGGGAUGUAAUUAAUAGGAUUUUGUGUACGCAAAUAUAUUUGCUUUAGUUUGAUCA